GUACCAUGGAAAUGUGGCGACGCAUUCGACGUAAGUGCACACACGAAUUGUGCCAUGAAUGGACGAGCCUGCAACGGUCCGUCUGUCGCCUGUCUGUUUGCCUCUCCGUGUGUGUCGCAAGCAGAUCAGCUCAACAACGGGAAGUUCUACUUUGUCGGGUACAUCCUCUCUCUGUGCCUGGCGGUGCCUCUCACGCUGUACGCCCUGCUCAGUCAUGAAUGGGUAACAUGCAGCCCGAAUGAAUAGCAUGCCUGCAUGCCGUCUGUCUGUGUGGUUUUUGCAAUGGCUGUCGUCUGUGUGUUCCUCGGCGGCUCCACAGAAGCUGACGGUGAGGGAGGGAGGGAGGGAGGGAGAGGGGCAAGAGUUGAGGACGUUCUUGUGUGGUUGGUGUGCAGGGGGGAGGCGGCACGAGAGCGGGGUUGCUGUUCAUCGACGGUAGGGACAUCUUCACAAGUGUCGACGGCAGGCAGUCCCAAUGGUACGUGUCCUUCCUCGCCGACACCAACUGCAGGAAUGCACGGACGCAGAAACUCGACCCGGGUCAGUCUAAAGACAUACAGACGAUACAGGACACAGACGAGGGCCUCCCCUCUUCUCCGGGCUGCCUUGCCUGCAGAUUUCGCUAUCUGUGAGGACGCCUACUGGCUGUCGAAAGGAGGCAUGAUUGCCUUUGGGACGUCUCUGGCGGCGCUGGUGGGCGCCCUUGUGGUGCUCGUGGUGGACGGGCUGUCCUUUUUCUCGUUACGCUUUGGCGCCCCGCUGCUGAGCGAGCCCAUCACACACACGGGCGUGUGGAAAAAGCUGCCGCAGGUAUACAGGUGGAUGACAGACAGACACCACACACACGGAUGGAUGGAUGGGUGGGUGGGUGGGUGGGUGGGUGGACGGAUUGGGGGGUGCAGAUGUUGCUUCAAUGCUCCAGCUGGAUACUGCUGGCUGGCUACGUCUUGUUCCUCGAGCUCACCUUCGGGGCCAUGAGCAUCACGCAAUACGGACGCGGGCUGUGGACGAUGCUGCUUGGUGAGAGAGAAGAAGAGAAACUUUGUGUCGUUGGUGCUCUGCUCUCAUUCCAUUCCUCCAUUUGGCUGGCUGACUGCCUGGCUGUGUGCAGGUGUGGCUUGCCUAUCAUUCUCGGCUGGCUUCCGAGGCAGGGCCCACCGCACACGCGCCCUCUCGACACAUCAGCAUCAGUCCGAUGGCCACCAGGGGCUGCUGGAUAUGGCCCCUGGUGGCCAACCACCGUACACCCAUACAUACGACCAGCCUCACGACCCCCCAGCUUCAGCUGCUGCUGCAACUAGACAUGUGCCCUCUGGUGGAGAGCGGAGGGCCAAGCCAAACAUGAUGAGCGGGAUUGGGCUCGUUUGCUUUGCCGCUCUCACGUGCCUCGCGCGCGGCUUUCCGCACCAGAGACCUUACUGUCUGUCGCUCCGCCCUGGCCUCUCACGACAUCGCGCCAUCACGAGACCCAGCGACAGGCGUGUGGUGCUGCAUCAGAUGCCGCAGAAAGGCGAGAACGCAUCCCAGGUAUGUAUGGACAUACGAGGAGCUGUGGUGGAUGAUGCUCAAUGCUGCCAACGGACAUGUGUGUGUGUGUGUGAUUGAUUGAUUGAUUGAUGCAGUCGUCAGCAGCGGCCGGCAAUGAAACAGAUGCGACGACAAGUGACUUGCAGGUAUAUACAUGCACACACACACACACACAAGAAAGCCUCUGCGGCACAAUCCCUCCCCCCCUCCCUUGCUCCCUGGAUGCCUGGAUGUAGGUGCCCGUGAUAGAGGGCGAGCCUUCCCCAUUCCCCUUGUACUCAAUUUUCCUCGAGGUGCGUGGCACAUGCACAUAAGCAAGUGUGUGUCCCUUCCUCACUCUCUCUGUGCACUGCAUCUUAAAAGAAGGAAAGCUACCUGGACGACCUCAAGGUAUGAGGGUGAGAACAUGCACAGGUGAAUGAGGGCAUGGGGAGCGCUCUCUGUGCGGUGCAUCUUAAGAUCGACAAUCUCAUCACGCUGAUCUCGGCACACCGAACGCACUGUAAGGACGGCAGAUCGUUUGUUGACUUCUAUACAGACCUUUACCAUGCCAUCAAAGACCCAACACAGAGGUAUACAGACACACACAGAGACGCACACGCACACGCAUGGGCAGCUUCACUGUGAGUGUGCCACAUAUGCGUGUGUGUAUUGCCAUCGUGAUUUCCGUCAGUGUUCAAGGAGACGGCAGCCGCUGGGGUUUGUUCGUCCCGAUGAUUUGGCCCCGGUUUACCAGGCCCUGAUGAUAUGCAUCGCAGACGACCUGGACAUCGCAUACGUACAGGAGGGCGUCGGAUUUGACAUCUAAGUCCGGAUUGGCCACCUAUGUUUGAGGUGCUGCAUGUAGUACUUCCCGGGGUCUUAGGGGGCACAUGUAGCCGCCCCAGCCUCUGUGCCAGGAGGUGGUCGAUGGCCAUGAGGAAACGCGGGAACGUGCGCUGCAACUCGGGCAACUCAACGGGCUGAACACACACAGCACACCACAGCAUGUGCUGUGUGUUGUGAGAUAGUGAUGGGUCUGUGUGAGACUGGGCAACCAGUUUGUUUUCGACUGUGUGCAGAUAUGGUGAUUUACAUGAAUGGAGAAAGCAACUGCAUGCGAUGAAUGCAGCCAGCGAGACAGACAGACAGACCCCUUUUCGCUAUACAACCAAAGUGUCACACAGCCCUAUACAAAUCCU